GAGCCUUGUCAGCUGGGUCACGCAUUGCUUAGCAAGCGGUUUCCUAUUUAACAAACUGGGGCUCUGCUCGGUCCUAGUGCCGCGGAAAUGCAUUUGGGAGGAGCGCCGUCUGCUCUGGAUAUCACGUGCUUAUUGGAGCGAAAUGGUUUGCGCCGAGCGACUGGCACUUAGUGCAAAGCGAAAGGGAGUCCGAGCGCGCGGGGGGAUCCCUGGAGGCGUUAAGCCGGAGUAAAAGCGCUUUUGUCUUCCGCACGCGGUUGGCUCCUCGAUGGGGAACAACUUGCGCUCCCGACUGAGCCGAUCCGAAGGCUGCCGGUCAGCAGGUCGGAGCGCAUGACGAGAAGCGACGGCGGAACGGAGGCCUGCUUCCUUCGCACAGCCUAGCCGAUAGCAAAGUGGAUUUGGUCACCGAUAAGAACAGCAGCUCAAGAUCCUUAAAUAGACCCAAAGUGUGGGCUCCUCCCAAGUACCCACAAAGUGGUUUGUGGUAUAAACUGAAAACAUGGGUCAAGAAGAUGUGGGAUCAAGGUCCAUUUUUUCUUGGGAUUAUGUUUUGUGGGAAGUUCGCCUGAAACUAGUGGUCGCUGGCUUUUUCAUCUACCUGGGAGUAUUUUUUUUCUCGCAUUAUUUAUCUUCAAUUAUAUGCAUCACUUAUCGUGCCUUGCCGGCAAAGGAGAAAGUCUUCUGGAAUCUGACUGCCACCCGAGGUGUGUUUGGUGUUCAGAGCUGCGUUGCUGGCUUAUGGGCCUUGCUUCUAGAUCCAGUUUUUCAGGCUGACAAAGUGUUUUCCCAGCAGGACUGGAGCUGGUUUACCUGCCUAAUAGCCUCUGGCUUCUUUUUGCUUGAAAAUGUAGCUGUUCAUUUGUCUAAUGUUGUUUUCAGGACAUUUGAUUUAUUUUUAGUUGUUCAUCAUUUGCUUGCCUUUGGUAGCCUUUUUUGUCUGAUGACCAGCGUACAGUCUGGACAUUAUAUACCUUUGAUGGGAAUGCUACUUGAGAUGAGCACGCCUUUCACCUGCAUAUCCUGGAUGCUUUUGAAGGUUGGCUGGGCUAAAACUUUCUUUUGGAAGGCAAACCAGUGGGUGAUGAUUCACAUGUUUCAUUGCCGCAUGAUCCUUUCAUACCACAUAUGGUGGGUGUGCAUUUCCAAUUGGAACGCUGUGCAAGAAAACUUGGGACACCUACGUUUUGCAAUUAUAUUGACGGGGUUAAGUGCUGUCACAAUUGUACUUAACCCUUACUGGACGUACAAAAAGACUAAGCAGCUUGUCUGUCCCAUUGACUGGAAUUUUAAUGAUAGACCAAUGAAAAACGGUUCCUCCCAAAAACUGAAUGGAAAACCAGUGCAAACGAAAGAGCUAUGAUGCUGAAUUUGGGUAUCUUUUCUAUACAGUUGUAAGUCAUGGGCUAGACCAGGGGUUGGCAACCCACGUCUCCAGAGCCACACGCGGCUCUUUUGUCCUUGUACUGCGGCUCCCUCAUCUGGCGCCUGGGAAGGAGGGGAAAGGACGCCGGAGGAAGGAAGGAGGGGGCAGGGAAGGAGGCACGCUCGCUGCGUCCCAAGUGCAACUUGCCAUCGUUGACUUCACCGCCACUGUCUGUCCUGCCCCCUCCUUCCUUCCUUCCGCCCUCCCUUCGGCAUCCUUUCCCCUCCUUCCCUCAUCUGGCACCUGCUGUCACCUGUCUGGCUGGGGGCAUCCUCUGUAAGUGCAGCCACCUCUGCAACUUACUCUGUCCAUCAGCUUGCACGGCUGGAGGUGGGGCUUGGGGGAAGGGCCAUGCCCCCAUGGCUCUUUGGGUGUUAAAGGUCACUGACCCCUGGGCUAGACAGCUAGGACCACAAAGCUUUGUUUUUAGGUCUUAAGAUAUCUAAAAUGUAUUUAUUUUUAGUUCCUUAUCAGUAUUCAUGGGAUUGCUGCCUGGAUUGGAUAUGUAUGUUACUGACAAAUGCUGAACUUCAGUAAUUAUGACUUGGUAAAUACAGAAAACUCAGGUGAAUGCAGGAGAACAGAAAAUUGUGGUUGACCUGCCUUUUCUAGAACUUCCCACUUGAGCACCUUGGUCAGGUGACAGACCUGGAAACCAUUCUGUCUCACUGCCACUUUAAAAGAUUUCCAGAAAUGAUGGAUGUUCUUGGUUUUUGUCUCACGAUCUGAAUGUUUGUCUCUAUUUUCUAGACACUUUCAUACACUUACAAACUUUAUAUCUGUUAGUCAUAAUUUGUGAUGUAAACGAAAGCAUUAAUACAAUGAGUCCUGAACAUUAACUCAGUUUAACAUGCCAGUGGUUGUGUGGCCAGAAUGCAAUUCUUCCUAUAAAGUAUUAAAAAGUGCAAGUCUGGCUCUACUACUAAAAAGUGUAUUCCAUUAUCACAGCAUGAGAUUGAAUAGUGGUUGUAAAUUGAUAACACAGUUUCAUUGUAUGGGUAAAAUACAAAAAAAGUUUGUCAUCCUUUCUGUCUCUUGGAGUGGAAGAUCCUAGUAUUAUGGACAUCAUUCUGCACUUAUAAUAAAUAGUGGUUGCCACAUGA